AUGCUUGCGCUUAGACUGGGACUACUACAAGAAGCAGAAAAACAGUUCCUGUCAUCUUUGAAGAAUCAUCGCUUGGUAGAGACCCAUGCUUAUCUGGCAAAGGUAUACAACCGUCUUGACCAGCCUUUGGUAGCAAAUAAGUACUAUGAGCAAGGUCUUAUGCUCUAUCACGAUGAUGUGACUCUUCUAACAGGACUCGCAAGGAACAAAGAGCUUCUCGGUGAAAUGGCGGAAUCAAACGAGUGUUACAAGAAAAUUCUUGGUGUUCAAGCGAACAAUAUUGAGGCAAUCGCUUGUAUUGCAACCAACUGUUUCUACAAUGAUAAACCUGAAAUCGCUCUUCGAUACUAUAGGAGAAUCAUGCAAAUGGGUGUGAACAACGCCGAGCUGAUGAUGAACAUUGGUCUUUGCUGCUUUGCUUGUCAACAAUUCGAUUUUGCACUGUCAUCCAUGCAGAGAGCUCACUCGACUGCGACUGAAGAAACAGCUGGAGAAAUUUGGUACAAUACAGGGCAUAUAAUGCUGGCCAUCGGAGACACACGACAAGCGAGUCGCUGCUUUAGAUUGGCGUUAGCAGCAGAUUCUGAGCAUGGAGAAGCUAUGGUCAAUCUCGGAAUCUUACGGCAAAUGGAAGGGAAACUAGAUCAAGCCCGUUCUCUUUAUCACUCAGCUAUUGCUAAGUCACCUCAUCUCUUCGAGCCACACUUCAAUCUUGCUCUUCUCUGCACUCAGGUAAGGUUCACCACUUUCUCAAGGCACGAACUGUUGGAAUGGGCAGAAACUAGCGGAGGUGAAAUGAGAAUUGGCGAGCGUUUGUCAGAAGGUCUUCAGCGCCAAUAG